AUGCCUCGGCACCACGCUGGGCCCCCGGAUGGGGCCUCCGGCCCUCGAUGCUAUCUUGCCUCAGAGUCCUCGCUGGGGCCCCUGCCGCAGCAAGAAGCGCUUUCAGAUGAUACAGAAGCGCCUACAUUGAAGUGGCUGAGGAGAUCUAACCGUGCAGACCUCCGCAGGUUCGGUGUUGUGACCCACGCAAGAAGGGUCCACGGGCUGGAGUACCCCUUUCCCCCCAGGGCCCCCAAACCCAUUAUAAAGGUCCCUUCUGCCUUUAGACCAGCUGCAGCAGAGCCGUGGGCAGCCCCACAGACUUACUGGGGACACACACCCAAGUUGGGCCUAGCCGGGGCACUCGGGAAGAGCAGGGAAAGGCCAGGUAGCAGCAGCAGAACUAGCAGCAGCAGCAGCAGAAGCAGCAGCAGAAGCAGCAGCAGCAGCAGCAGGAGCGUCGAACGCACGGAGGUGAGACCGGAAGAGUGGCUUGCGUGCUGCGGCGGCUCGCGAGUGCAAAUAGAGUUAUUAUUCAAAAAUAGGAAUACAGAGAAGGAGAGGCAGUGCCUUAUGUAA